UCCUUCUUUCUUUCCUUCGUUGAUCAGCUCUCCAUCAGUUUGUUUUUCUUGUCCGUUCAUCAUGUCUGGUCAUCUCGCAGUAGCUGCGCUUUUUCUGGCCGCCUUGGCCUUGGCAGAUAGUGAGAUCACCCGUGAGGAGGGUGUCUUGGUGUUGACCGAGUCAAACUUCGACGAAGCUCUCGAGCAGCACAAGUUUAUUUUGGUUGAAUUUUAUGCCCCAUGGUGUGGACACUGCAAGGCCCUGGCUCCAGAAUACGCCAAGGCAGCCAAGCAGCUUGAGGCCGAUGGCUCAGAGGUUGUGCUGGGCAAAGUCGAUGCCACACAGCAGCAGAAGUUGGGCGAGAAAUUCCAAGUGCAGGGAUACCCCACGCUGAAGUUUUUCCGUGGUGGAAAGCCCGGCGAGUACGGUGGUGGCCGUACUGCUCCCGAGAUCGUCAGCUGGCUGUCAAAGAAGACUGGACCACCAGCCAAGGAGCUCACCUCUUCCGAUCAGGCCAAGGAGUUUGUUGAAGGACAGGAUGUAGUCGUUGUCGGUUUCUUUGCCGACAAGGCAUCUGAUAACGCCAAGGUCUUCCUGGAGGCUGCCGGUGGCAUUGAUGAUGUUCAGUUCGGUAUUGUGACUGAGCAGUCCUUGAUUGAGGAGUACGAGGCCAAGGUUGACAACAUCGUCCUGUUGAAGAACUUUGACGAGAAGCGCAACGUGUUUGACGGUGAAUUCACCGCCGAUGCCGUCAGCGCCUUCGUCAAGGCCAACCAGCUGCCUCUUGUGACCGAGUUCUCCGAUGAGACUGCCCCCAAGAUCUUCGGUGGUCAGGUCAAGGUUCACCUUCUCUUUUUCGGUACCAAGUCCUCAGAUGAGUACGAGGCUCAGCUGGAUGUUCUGCGUGGUGUUGCUCGUGACUACAAGGGAGAGACUCUGUUUGUCACUAUUGAUGCUGAUGUCGACGAGAAUGAGCGCAUCAUGGAGUUCUUCGCUGUCAAGAAGGAGAAUACACCAGCUUUCCGCUUGGUCAAGCUGAGCGAGGAGGACAUGAAAAAGUUUGCCCCACAGAGCAACGAGAUCACCGAUGCCAACAUCCGCAAGUUCCUCGCUGACUUCAAGAGCGGCGACCUCCAGCCACACUUCUCAUCUGAGGAUGUUCCUGAGGACUGGGAUGCCAAGCCCGUAAAGGUGCUUGUCGGAAAGAACUUCCGUGAGCAGGUCGUUGAGAGUGACAAGGCCGUCAUGAUCGAGUUCUAUGCUCCAUGGUGUGGCCACUGCAAGCAGCUUGCUCCCAUCUGGGACCAGCUCGGCGAGCACUACGAGAGCAACGAUGACAUCAUGGUAGCCAAGAUGGACUCCACUGCCAACGAGAUUGACGCCGUCACUGUCCAGAGCUUCCCAACCAUCUACUACUUCCCCAAGGGAGCCAAUAGCGUUCCCAUUGAGUUCAAGGGUUCACGCACACUGGACGGCUUCAUCCAGUUCAUUGACAGCAAUGGCAGCACUGGUAAUGACGACGCCGAGUCCGACGAUGGUAUGGCUGAUGACGAGCUUCCCGGCGGUGAAGAGGAAGACAUGGGUCUGGGUGCCGACGAGAGCUUCGAUGACGACGAGUCUGUCGCUCGCGAUGAGCUGUAGAUGUCUACGUAGAUCAGCUGAGGAGCAAUUUCGCACAUUUACUGCCAUCGACGUCAUUGGCAACAUCAUCCUCCGGCUUCAAUCACUCGUCCUGUUGUAGGCUUGAAGGAGGACGACGAUGUAUUGUGACUGGUGUGCGUGCUUCUCAAGCACCAAUACCAGCAUAUAACUGUUGGCACUUGCCACAAUUGCACCCAUGCUCUUCAUCAUCUAUAUCCUCCUGGAGUGUUUUAUUUGCCAUCAUGGGAGAGGGUAUCCAGUGCUCUCAUGCACUCUAUUCUGAAUGUUUUUUUCUUGGUUCUUGGCUGCAUGGACGUUGGGUGCAGAGCAGUUUUUACUUGCUAACAAUUUGUGGCUGGCUCACAGGGCUCUCAUCUUUUUCCUCCGCUUCGCAAUAGCGCUUCUGCUUUAGUGGUCGUUCUUAGGUGUUACUACCUUGCAAAGGCUUUGUGUGCCACUUCAUUCUCUACUCUCGUUAUCUGCUUGCUUCUCCGUGUAGGCUGGACCUAAUCGUCUUUCUUUGUGUGUCUCCUCAGUACUGGACCUAGCUCCCCCAGAAUUGUAGCCAGACGGUGUCCGUGUUCGCUGUAUUUUUUUAUGUAAGCUUCUCUCUUUUUGAGUUGCCCGUUGUGCCCUGCCGGCCAUCCUCCCACUGCACGCCCCAGCUCCAUGGCAAGAAUAACCAUUCACUAGAA